AUGAGGUAUUUUAUGCCUAGUAUAGUUGCUGGAAGUGAUGUACCGUUUCGAAACCAGUCUUUUGAUAGCUUAGAUAAUGCUUACAAGUUUUACAAAGACUAUGGGAGACUAGGUGGUUUUGAUGUACGAAAAACAACGGAGAAGAGAGAUGCUGAUGGGACUAUUAUUUUGAAACAUUUUGUUUGUAGUAAGGAAGGCUUUAAUGAUGGAAGUCAUUGUGAAGAAAAUAGGCAAAGGCGUACCGUCUCACGGAGGUGUGGAUGUAAAGCGAAAGUUGUCAUGAAAAUUAUGAGCCAAAACAGAUAUUAUGUUUUUAAUUUUGUUGAACUUCACAACCAUCCGUUGGCUAGUGAAAGUGGUAGAAAGUUUUUGAGGGCUAGUAGAGAGAUGACAGUUAGAACUUUUGAUAGGGAUUUAAAAGAAUUUGUUGGUGAAAAGGAUGGACAAAUGUUGAUUGACAAAUUUAGAGUUUUACAGGAGACAUCUAAAUCGUUUUAUUUUGCUUAUGAACUUUAUGAUGAUGGGCAUUUGACUAUGCUAUUCUGGGCUGAUGCAACUAGUAGGAGGAACUUUGAAAUAUACGGUGAUGCCGUGUCAUUUGACGCCACAUUUGAUACUAACAAGUAUAAUAUGAUUUUUGCUCCUUUCACUGGUGUUGACAAACAUGAUAGACGUGUCAUCUUUGCUGCUUGUUUAUUAUCGAAAGACGAUGUUUCUCAUUAUAACUGGGUAUCUGUGCUGGCUUCAUUUUCUGGUGAGAAUGGAUUGGUUCCUAGCAAGCAUCGCCUUUGUAUGUGGCAUAUCAUGGAGAAAUUUCCUAUUAAGCUUGGCAAUCGUUUGUGUAAGGAAACAGACUUUAUGGAGAAAAUGAAAACUUACAUAUGGUCGUCAAAUUUGGAAAUUGAUGAGUUUAAGAGUGGAUGGAAAGCAGUUAUAGAAGAGUUUAAAUUGGAAGAUAACAAAUGGUUAUCAGAUAUGUAUGAGAUAAGGAAGUCGUGGAUUCGUUCCUAUUUCAGGGACAGUUCUAUGUUUGGUUUGAUGAGGACAACUUCAAGGUCCGAAAGUGAAAUUUUUUCCUUUUCACAGUUUAACAAGCAAGGUGAUACCUUAUGUGAGUUUUGGAUACGUUUUGAGAGUGCAAUGCAUAGGCGACGGAAUAAAACAGAACGGUUAGACCACGAGUCUAACUCAAGCAAGCCAAAUAUGUUGUCAAGAUGGUUUAUUGAAGAUGAUGCGGCAGAUCUAUUUACACGUUCAAUUUUUUUACAAAGUCCAAGAAGAGAUUUUGGCAUCUUGCUUGGAUGCAGAUUAAGAGAAUGA